UAUUGGCCCAUUGCCUUUCUUUGUUCACCCUUUAGCAAGAUGAGAUUUGGAGAUCUUUUAGCACGAACAAGGAUAGGCAGAGAAUGAGAAAUUUGGCAUGUAUCUUUAGAGUGAUGUUAAAGCUUUUGCAGACAAUGUAGAACACACUUUCUUUGUUUCGUAUAAUUGUCGCAGCACCUAUCAUAUCACCCCUUAUUAAUAUGGAGACAAAGGGUCCAACUAAUGUUGUUGGUCCUGGUUUCCAGUGAUCUCACAGGCGAUUGCAACAUGGAGGUAGAGGAAGAGGUGAUGUUUCCUUGGUCAAUUAUCUUAUUGAAGGAAGAUAAAUAGACAAACUUUGGCCUUUUAGCCUGAGGAUGGAACUUAUCUUUUUUAUUGGGAUUUUGUUAAAAAUGAGGUCAUUUCUGGUUUUUCGAAUCAUCAAGAAAGUGCAAAAGAAGAUGUUAUUAGUUUGAAGCCACUGGAAGAUCCACUAAGAGAGUGAAGAGCCAAACCAUAUAGCUUUAGGCCCCGUUCUCCUUUGUUCUCAGAUGGACUUUUGCUAUAAAAAGUCUUUUUCCCUUAAAAACAAUGAAGAACAGACACCAUUUCAGAAUAAUUUUUAGCUUAAAAAAAGUACUUUGAUGGAGAAGUUGAAAAUUUUAACUUUUCUUCAGCCAAAAGUGCUUUUGGCUGAUAAUUUCCAUUUUUAACCUGUCUUCUCCCAAAAAACGUUCUUUUCUCAGGUUCUUUGGAGCUAAAUCUAUACCCAUUUUUUUCACAUUUUCUUUUUCAAAGUUCUUUCCUCUGGUUCUUUGUUCCUCUUUCGUCGGUUCUUUUCACCUACAAUAAACUACUUGACUUCAAAAGGGCACAAUCUUUACCUACCCUUGGUUCUUGGACUUGACAAAGUAAAUCCCAGGUUGUGCCUGAAGCUAAAAAAAUUAGAACAUCAGGCAUUGAUCCUGAAUUCGAAGGGAAGUUGGACCAAAUGUUCAUGGGGAUAGUUGCAACAGGUGAUGAGUAUAGUUGAGGAUUACAGGCGGUGAUGAAAGUAAUGAUGAAAGGGAAAAGGAAGAGACUUUACAACGCAUGGAACGUUUUAACAAAUCAUUUAUUGUUGCAUCUUCUUCCAUGCAAUUAUAUUACGAGAAGUAUAUAUUAAGGCAACCAUGCAUGGAUUCUAAACAGUCAGGUGAGACAUGGAUCCGAGAGAUUCUUGACGGUCACGAAUGACGUUGUAUGAUUAAUUUUAGGAUGUCUAAAAUGGUAUUCACAAUUUUGUUGAGAGUUUUGGAGACAAGAUACAACUUGCAAACUUUAAGAAACAUAUCUUCUAGUGAAAUGUUGAGGAUUUUUUUAUACAUCUUGGGCACCAGUGCAAAAAUUUCCCAAUGUCGAGAAAGAUUUCAAAGGUCUGGAUCAACAAUAAGUCGACACUUUGCAAAUGUGCUUGAGAAAGUUUCAAGGAUGGCCACUGAUCUAAUUGCACCCGAAGAUCCUUUUCUUUUAGCUCAAUACCCGAACAAAUACGAUUGCAUAGGUGCAAUUGAUGGUACUCACAUUGCCGCUAUUCUUCCACCAAAUGAACAAAUUCCCUAUAUGGGAAGAAAAGGUAUCUCGACUCAAAAUGUUAUGGCAGUAUGUGAUUUUAAUAUGUGUUUUACCUUUGUCAUGGCUGGAUGGGAAGGACCGGCACAUGACAUUAGAAUAUUUCUUAAUGCAAUUCGAGAUCCAAAAUACAAAUUUCCGCACCCACCAAAUGGAAAAUAUUAUCUUGUUGAUUAUGGAUAUCCUCAAAUAAAAGGUUAUCUUGGACCAUAUAGAGAUUUUAUGGAAUACGAAGAUAUUAACUGGGCAUAUGAGAAUAUUAUUGAUUCAGAAAAUGCGCAUGGUCGAGAAAGUGAUGAUGAUGACGACGACGAUGAUGAUGGUGAUGAUGACGGUGAAUCAAACAACUCAAGUGGUUUUGAAAUGGAAUUAACAAGAGAUGCUAUAGCUUCUAGUUUAAUGAAUUCACUUUAAAUUGUAAAUGCUAUUGUAAAAUUUUUAGUAUUUAUAUUUGGUAUAUAAAUAUUAUC